AUGGAUGCUACGAGAUCAUCUGGCCCGAUAUUGAUACCUAGUCAGGACACCCAAUUAUUCCCACCGGAAUCAAGCUCGAGUCCAAAGACAUCUAUACUUUUGAUGUCCCCCAUUCAUGGUCGGGCACGAUUUGGGCAAGAACUAGAUGCACAAGAAACUCGACCGACUCCAGUUUUCAUUGUGACACUAGAGAUUGCGCCACUCACAAAAUCCAGUGCCAUCAUAGACUGUCACACCCUCCUGCAACUCUGCUUUUUUUUAAUAAAAAAUGUUGUGGGAAAACCAAAUCCAUUUGUUGGAGGUGCUUAUAUCCAACUUAUAAAUGGAUGCCACAAGACCAUUUGGCCAGAUAUUCAUACCCGGUUAGGACACCCGAUUAUUCCCACCAUAGUCAAGCUCGAGUCCAAGGACAUAUAUACCUUUGAUGACCCCGAUUCAUGGUCGGGCACAAUUUGGGGGAGAACCAGAUGCAAAGGAAACUCAACCGACUCCAGCUUUUAUUGUGACACUGGAGAUUGCGCUACUCACAAAAUCCGGUGUCGUUAUAGACUACCAAGCCCUCAUGCAACUCCGGUGAAUCUCAACUUGGCUCCUAAUGGGAGCAAAUGCUCAUACGAGGUCGACAUGAGAUACAACUUUAAUUUGCUUGUCACAAUCUACUCGUUCGACCUUAAGUGCAAGGAAAUACAAUGCUUGAUAGACAUGAGGAGUUUUUGCCUCGAGUGGCUUGCUAUAUAUGAUAGUGGAGGGUUGAAAGUCGGCUGCAAGAGUGCUUGCUACACUGCCGGUGACCAGAAGCUCUGCUGCAGCAGAGCGUAUGCCCCUCCAGAAAAGUGUGAGUUGAAUAACUACACACAACUUGAUGAUAAUUGCCCCUAUGUUAUUUCCAAUGCCUUUGAUCAAACACACUUCACAUGUUAUGGCGGGGCUAGUUAUGUGAUAUCAUUUUGUGUGUAA